AUGGCUAGGGCCCCUCUCGGGAAGACCCUUCUCGGAAAAUUAAACCAUAUCCUUCUGAUCCGUCACGAGUCAGGCGGUCUCAUCGAAGUGGGUGACUCUAGAAUAGAAGGCAUUCUCAGCCGAAUGCCCCCAGCAAAUGAGCAGUGCGAUCGGAUACAGAGCCGAGUUAGUAUCGGUGCGGCGUCAGUAGUCCGAGCGAUAGUCUGUUUGAGCCUCGAGCAGAUGACAAAUAAUGGGCGCCAAUCGUUGCCUCGUCAGGCACUGCGUGUUUCCCAAUCGGGUUGGUGUGGCCCCGGCCAAGCUAAGCCCCAAUGGGGAAAUGGCAGAUCUGCUUCCUUCGCACUCGAGGAUUCACCAGAAUUACCUCUCCCGGGGAACGCGGGGAUCGUGAUUAUAGUGACAGACUAA